CAUCCGGUCCCUAACUCCCAAUUCCCACCACACCACGGAUCGUUCAUCCCAGUAUUCGAGAAUCCAGAUCUCUCGGCUUCUCGCUACCAACAACAGGAAGAAACGGGCAGAAUGCCCAAACUGUCGUGCCGGGUGCUCUGCGCGGCUAUUCUCAUCGCUUCGCUGGCCGCUCUGCUCUUCCGGUUCCCGAUCCAUAGGCUCCUCAGUCCCCACGCCGCCAUGGACCCCGACUCCGAGCUCGAGUUCGAGAUGCCCGGCGUCUUGCGCGUGUACAAGACAGGCCGCGUCGAGCGCUUCGAUGGCACCGAGACCGUCCCGCCGUCCCCCGACGGCGACCCCGCCAACGGCGUCGCGUCCAAGGACGUCGUCCUCGACGCCGCCGCUGGCAUCUACGCGCGCCUCUACCUCCCCGCCGGAGUGGAUCCCGGGAAGAAGCUCCCCGUCGUCGUGUUCUUCCACGGCGGUGCGUUCAUGGUCCACACCCCCGCCUCCCCGCUGUACCACAUCUACUCCGCCUCCCUCGCUGCCGCGGCGCCCGCCGUCGUCGUCUCCGUUGACUACCGCCUGGCGCCCGAGCACCGCAUCCCCGCCGCCUACGACGACGCGUUCGCGGCCCUGAAGGCGGUCGUCGCCGCGUGCCGCGCGGAUGGCGCCGAGGCGGAGGCGGAGGCGGAGCCCUGGCUCGCCGCGCACGGCGACGCCUCCCGCAUCGUCCUCGCGGGUGACAGCGCCGGCGGUAACAUGGCGCACAACGUGGCGAUAAGGCUGCGCAAGGAAGGCGGCAUCGUGGGUUACGGCGACACGGUCAGCGGCGUCGUCCUCCUGCACCCUUACUUUUGGGGGAAAGAGCCGCUGGGCGCGGAGCCCACGGAUCCCGGCUACCGCGCAAUGUUCGACCCCACGUGGGAGUUCAUCUGCGCCGGAAAGUUCGGCCUCGACCACCCCUACAUCAACCCAAUGGCGUCGCCGGAGGAGUGGAGGCAGCUCGGGUCUCGCCGCGUGCUGGUGACCACGGCGGACCAGUGCUGGUUCGUGGAGAGGGCAAGAGCGUACGCAGAGGGGAUCAAGAAGUGCGGCUGGGAGGGGGAGCUCGAGUUCUACGAGACCAAGGACGAGGCGCACGUCUUCUUCUUGCCUAAACACGGCAGCGACAACGCCGUCAAGGAGCUCGCCGUCGUGGCCGAAUUCAUCAGGCGCUGUUGAGGUGACCUUUCGCUUUGUUUGCCCGGACCUGGUCUGUAGUUCAGCGAAAAAAGUUCGCACAAUUUGUGAUUUUGUUUCAUAUUGCAAGAGAAGGACAAAUGUUCAAUCUCGAAUCUAGCAGUACUUCUGAAUCCUGAUCUUGAAUUGGGCUUGUUUCUCUCACCCCGAAAUUCAAAAAGUUUUCAAGAUUUCCCGUCA